CGCGCCCGUCACGGCUUCAGCCUAGGGGGCUGCAUGGUUCUAGCUCAAACGUCAAGCGUUUUUGGCGGAGAAAAAAAAACAAAGUAACCCCCCCAAAUUGAGGUAAAGCCUAACAAAAGCUUUCCACUGCUGUGAGAGGAGGUGGUCAGGGAAGAAAGAACUUGUGGACAAAUGUAUAGGUUCACGCAUUCAUAUUGUGAUGAAGAGCGAUAAAGAAAUUGUUGGAACGCUUCUAGGAUUUGAUGACUUUGUCAACAUGGUGUUAGAAGAUGUUACAGAAUUUGAAAUUACACCUGAGGGCAGAAGAAUCACAAAACUAGACCAGAUUUUGCUAAACGGAAAUAACAUAACAAUGCUGGUUCCUGGAGGAGAAGGACCUGAAGUAUAAAUUGAUCCAUUUGUCAUCUCUGAAGACAAGUUAUAUAUGUAUUCUAAAUAGAGCUUUUGGGGUAUAGGUAUGGGUGUUUGGGGGGAGGUUGUGUUUUGUUUCGUUUUUACACACAUUUGAAGUUGAUAUUUGAUAAAAUACAAAGAUUUCCUCUUCAGGAAAGAUGCACUGCUAAUGCUGACUUUGUAAGUUGAAAUCAUGACUUUCUUGUAAAGACGCACUAAUCUGUUCUCAAUAAAAGGCUUUCUUUUUGUUAAUUGUUGUGCUCGGUUAUGUAAGUGCAUGAGUUUGAGAUGAUUUUGCAGCUGUUUCAUGGAAUGGAAAAUAAUAGCUUAUGUUCCAGUUGCUGUCAAUCAGUCUUUGGUUUUCUAUAUUUGUUGCAUUUGUUUCUAUCACAAGUCUAUGUAAAAGUUCGUGAGCCAAGACAUUGCACUUCUUUGGAGUAUAGGCAGAGAGUAAGCUGGAUCAUUUGUUUAAACACUACUUGAAGCUGAGUCACCUGAAACGCAGGUGAAUGCUAUGAAGUGUAGUAGAAUUCUGGGAAGUUUGUAAAGUGGCUGUAUCUUUCCAAAGUUCAGGAUCCUCUGGUUCUGCUGUCACAGAACAGCUGGGGUUGGAAAGGACCUCUGGAGAUUGUUCGGCUCUCUUGAACUUCUUUUACUUGGUAGUUACACCUUUUUUACAGUAAAGAGACUUUAAUCAUCAUCUUUAAUCAAGAGCAGACCAGGCUUAGUUUGUGUUCAGGAGGAAAAAAAGCUGGUUUUACUUUUCACUCAUGUCACUGGAGACUGCAUUUUCACCGCUAAGUGGUGCUGUGUAUACUUAUUUAAAUUAGAAGCUGCCCCAGGCCUGCUAUCAUGGUUCAGAGUAGUCAUUUCAGAGUACACGUGUUCUUUUGGAUGUUUCUGUGAUUCAGACAGAAACCUGACAGAUAUUGGAGGAAACCUCUACUUUGAGAGAAGUUCGAUCAAGUAAGGAACUGGUGUAUUUAUUUUGUCAUGACAGACAAGAAACUAGCAUGGUUAUAAACUAUGUCCACUGCAUCUUAUGCUUCCGUAAUGCCCUGCUAUACUAAUUUCUAUGUUUAAAUCUCUUUGGAGAAAAAUCACAACUGCCUGCUACUACUACAGAGGCAAGCAGGGUAGAGUAUGGAGAGCAAAUGCCUUGCCCUCUUCCCAUCGCUGGAAGAGGAAAGAAGAGUUGAAAGGGGCUCAGGAGCGGGAGGUUGCAAGGAAGUUGUACUAGAUCCUUUGCCCUGCUUUAUCUGUCCGAGGAAAAACUACCUUCUACUACCUGGGUCAUAGCUUGAAGCAUAUUGAAAAGGGCUUCUUGUUUUGGCCUUGUAAAGGGGAGAGACACCCCCUUUCUUCCCUCCCACAGGAACAUGCUACGUUAAGAUCCAUUUGCUCUGAAUGUAUGAACUGCUUUUGUACUGCUCAGAUUAGACGGUGAUAGUCUAUUAUGCUAUUAUACUUGACUCUGUGAAUGGUUUUUCAUUUUUGUCCUCGCUUCCUUCUCCAACUUUUUCAUAUCAUCAGAAAGUCUUUUUUUUUUUUUAAACUUUCUUGAUUAGAAUGUCAUUUGUUGGUUUUAGCCCCCAAAUACUUUAUCCUUUGAAUUCUUUUCUCAGAAUGCUUGGAAGAUGGUGUAAUAUUCAGUCCCUCUCUUGCUCCCUCUCUCGCUCCCACCUUUGUGGUCAUAAUGAGAGAUACCUUUAGCACGAGUGUAUCUAGUAGCUAGGCUUUCUUUUGAAGGAUGUUGCAGUGAUUUUUUUUUCUUAAUGACCGAAUAACACCUAUUUUAAACAUUUAUCAUGGUACCAGAAUUUCUAAAAGGAAAAAUUAAUAAGAUUAAAGAGAAUGUGACACCUACUUAAAUCUUCCGACUAACUUUCAGAGCAUGUUCUGAUUCAUGUGAAAUGUUUUGGAUUUCUCAGAGUGGUUUAACUUUUAGACUACCAGUGUGUAUGUGUGCAGGAAUCUCGUCUGACUUUUUUUUCCCCCCUAGAAUAAGAUUCUGUAAAUGUUCUGCGGUAUGCAUUUACUUUCUGCUUUACUCAAUUUUUUUGAAAACAUUCUUAAACUGAAGAGAGAUUUCACGCUUGGGAGAGAAAAAGAGCAGAUAUUUACUCAAAGCAUCUUUUCAUAGGCAAAGCAAACUUUUUCUUUUUUUAGCACAAAUAUUUUAUUUUCUCAAGAUUUUGUUACCUCUAGAAUAAAAAUUUGUAUUGCCUCAUUUCCUUCUUGUCUGUGGUUGUAUUUUGUUUCACCCCCUUCAGAGGAGGUGCUAAGACUGUUUACUCUUGAUAAGAUAUUCUGAUUCAGGACUUUGAGGUCUGCAGACAUCACUUUAAAGGCAGUUCUUGUGCAUCCAAAUGCUGUUAAACAUCUAUAACAUGAAAGGAAGGAUUUGUAACUCGGAGCUCGAAAUUCAAAGUAUUCCAGGCUGAUCUGCUUUGAUUUGCAGUUCUCAUUCAAUGUUCCUGUUGCUUGUUCCUUUGGAAGUACAAGUAAUAAACUUUUAUAUUAAAUGGA